AUGGCUGCUUGCAAAGGCGAAGGGGUUUACAUCGACUUGCCAGCAUCUCAGUUUCUGAGGAUCUUUCGUCUCUUCCGAGUGAUGCGUCUAGAAGGAAGGUACCUGGAGGCGUUCACAGUUUUUGACGAUAUCUAUCGCGAAAAUAAGGUCUUGAUAUUCAAAUCAGGAUUUGUAGGAUCAGCUGUAUGGAUCAUCUUGUCAGGGGCAAACUGGAUGGCGGAAAGAAACAAUCCAGCGAUGGAUGGACGUUUCACAAGCAUCGCCAGGUCCGCAUUAGGAAAAGUGAUUGCAGUGUUCACCUCCGCAAUAGCAUGCGCCGUCUUUGGAAUCUUUACGGGCAUAUUUGGAAACGGCUUUGAGGAGCAUGCGGCUAAGAAAAAGAAGCAGGAAAAGAAUGAUGAAACUGAAAUAGUUUCUGAACCAAUGUUGUGCGGAGAUAUUCAAUCUGAGGCUUUCAGAUUUCUCUAUGGUUAUACCGAUGCAGGGCGAAUGUAUGAGAAGGCGAUGAUCGUGGUAAUCUUGUGCAAUGUUCUUGGUUUUGUGAUGGACUCGAUGCAAUACAUGCAUCGGUAUGAAAGUUUGAUGAAAUGGUUUGAUAGAAUUGAAGACGUGUCAGUGAUUGUCUUCACUCUGGACUAUUUCUUGAGAUUCUAUGCUGUCGGUGUUCGUCCCGAUUACAGCGGCUUCUUUGGGCGAAUCAAGUACUUUGGAACGUUCUACUCUAUCGUGGAUCUUUCAGCUAUUCUUCCAUUCUUUCUCUCAACGUUUGACCUCUGGCCCUUCGAGGUGAACAUCUCGUUCGUCAGAUCUCUCCGACUCCUCCGGAUGCUCAAGCUAGAAUCUUAUGUGAAAGUCUUCACCAUCUUCGACGAUAUUCUUCUCAACAACCGAGAUGUGUUGGCGGUCAGCGGCUUUGCAGCAACAGUAUUGUGGAUAUUCUUCUCCUCUGUCAUGUAUCUGCUAGAGCGCAACAACCCCAAGUUGGUGGCGCCGGACGGGAAGCACUACUAUGCCUCUAUCCCCGAUGCCAUGUGGCCAACGCUGCUCAAUUUGUGUGGUGAGGUCCCGCUCUGCGAUUACUCGCCCCUUGGCAAAGUCAUAUCUGGAGUGAUGGGAGUGCUGGCUGUUGGAACGUUUGCCAUCCCCAUAGGCAUACUUGGAAACGGCUUCGAAGAGUGGGCGACAGAGAGAUACUCUAAGAAAGACGAGGAUGCCAGCCAGCAGCAAGAGUCUCAUAGCCAAGAAGAAAGCUUUCUUUUCCCUAUUCGGCAAUUUGUAGAAGGGAGAACAUUGCUAGGAAGCAUUUUUGAACAGAUUCUCUUCUACCUUAUUUUCGCCACUGUCUUCCAACAGUCUAUGGAAACAUUGCCAGACUUCAGCAAGGAGCAUAAACAUCUGUUAGAUCAUAUCGAGCUGAUUUCCGUCUGCAUUUUCACGAUUGAAUACAUCCUUCGUCUUAUUUCAGCACCUCUAGAUCCAUUGUUUUCCAGCAAGAGGUUUCCUAGAAUGCGAUUCAUCUUUUCCUUCUAUGCCAUUAUCGAUUUUCUCACCAUUGCCCCAUACUACUGGUCGCUCCUGUUUCCGGGAGGACUUGUGGACAAAUAUGACGAGGCCUUGCGAAUGCUCCGUCUGCUCCGACUGCUGAAGAUGGACAAGUACGAGAGUGUUUGUGUGCGUGCGAUAAGUUCCUUAGUCUUUGCUGCAGGCUUUGCGGCGACAGUUUUCUGGCUUAUGUUUAGCACGUUGAUGUGGAUGACGGAGAAGAACAAUUUGCUGGAUCCCACUGAAAAUGGAGUGACAAUGGCAAAACGCUACAAGGAUGUCCCUUCUGCCAUGUCCUACACGUUGAUACAUCUUUCUGGAGACUAUCCCCUUAUCGACUACACACUCGCGGGGAAAUUUCUUUGCUUCCUCAUGUGCUUGUUUGCUGUGGGAAUCGUAAGCAUCCCCUCGGGAAUCAUUGCAAAUGGCUUCACAGACGUGGCUCUCAAAGAGGCUGAAGAUCCUGUUUACCUCAAUGACGGCUCCUUCGCCUCCAAGAUUCAGAUCAUGCUGUCCCCGGACGAUGACACAGGUGUCUGGUUCGACAACCUCAUGCUUUAUUUCAUCGGCUUCGAUGUUGUCUUGAUCAUCCUUGAGUCUGAUCCAGCGAUGAGAGUUCAGAUCGGUGACGGCUUCUUCGCUUCGCUGGAGGGAGUAUGCGGGAUGCUCUUUACGGUCUUGUAUGUCCUGCGAGUGAUUGCUGCUCCUUAUGAUCGGAGGGCCGGGUUCUCACGGAUGGGCUACUUGACCUCCUUCUUUGGGACAGCUGACAUGUUCGCUUUCCUUCCCUUCUACCUCGAGUGGUACUGGGCAGCUUGUGGCAUUUCGUAUGACUUUGCGCUUCCUCGCUUCCUCCGCUUGCUCAGGGUGCUGCAAUGGGAGCACUACACUGAGGCUUUCACGCUGAUCGACGACGUCUUCCGCGCCUCCAAGGACACUCUCAUUGCAACGUCUUUCCUCGCUCUAAUCAUCUGGGUCGGUUCCGCCUAUGGCUUCUACCUCCUCGAUCGUGGAAACCCAGCUUUAGGUGGAGCGUUUGACAACAUUCCUUCCUCGCUCUACUUUACAGCUAUCUUCCUCAGCGGCGAGUGGGGACAGGUUGACUUUUCUCCCCUCGGACAGGUGCUGGCGUGCUGCUUGGUGGUGGCAGGGAUUGGAUUGUACUCCAUACCCGUAGGAGCUCUCUUCGAUGCUUUCGCUGAGGUGCUGGAGGGCAAGGAGAAGGAGAAGGAGAAGGAGGACUAG